AUGUCUGUCCCACCACACCCAAUUUUCCAGCCGAGGUCCGUGCCUGAUACCGCUUGUGAGGAUCUCAGGCAGCACCUCCCGUGCACCUCGGAUGUUCUUACCCAAGUUUCUGGGGAAUAUAUUGCGAGCUUCGAUCAGCCGGCCCCUGUGCCAGAGCUUGCGGCCGAUAACCCAUACUCUGUGAUGCCACAGCCGAUCUGUGAUGGAACCCAGGCCCACGCAAACUCACUCCGGCGGUCGAAUCGCGCCGUAGCCACGACAAGGAACGAUCACGACGACCACGCAGCGAUAAGCAGGCAAGAUCUAGACCUGCCAUGUCCGCUGAGUGCACUGAUCGACGGCAUGCAGCACAUCCCGGUUAGAGACAUGCACGCCUGGCGCUGGCUUGCCCAGAGGGAUCAUCAAGCCAUCUCCAUCCUCGCUGGACGAAGCUGGAAGCUGGAAGUCCCCCACAUCCGGGAGAAAGCGCACCCGGGAUAUUGGUACUCGCCGUCAAACAAGAAGAAACGAUCGCGAACCGCAAGAGCCCGUUCUCAGGGAUUGGCAGUGCUUUCAAUGCCGUCCUCCAUACCCGGUCAGAGUUCGCAGACUAACGCUUGGUCUACCUCGUUGGAUAGUGACCGCACCAGUGAACAUUCAACAGGAUCUCUUCAUGCAGAAGAGGGGACCUUCAUCAAGCGCAACGUAUUGCAUUCAAAUGGCUUUAGCCCGCUGCAAAGUGCCGCCUCGCCAGCCACUUCCGAGCGCGGUCCUAAUGGCACCCAGCCUCAAUUCCCUAUCGGAAAAUUAGGGGUAUAUGAAUCUGCUUGCUUUCUUCCUCAGCCUGCAGUCCCUUGACCCGAAGCUGUCCACAGUCGGUCCUCUGCAGUGCUACUGUCCGUUCCGUAUGAGAUAUGUAACGGUUACGGGGAAUGGUCUAUGGACGAGAAGCUCCUGGCUGCGACUGCAGGCCAGUAAAUAGCACAUAUGGAUUUUGCGGCACAUUCAUAACAUAUAAAUUGGGUAUUCAUGUUGAUAGCCUCAGGUGGGAGGACCGCAUGUAUAGUUAUUUUCGUUAUCUCGUAUAGUGCGUGUAGAAGUGAGAGGCCAGUGUUUAUGUAAUGAGCAAUGACUCCCUGAGCGGGAGGGUGUGAG